AUGUGCAGUGCAAACGAAAACAACGGUACCGCCACGCCGCCCCCGGUGGCACUGUCGCAAAAUCCCAGCGAUUAUGGCAAUAACUUAAAAAUCAUCGACAGCAACGACCAAAUCAAAGAGCUGCAGACGAUCAUACGGGACAAAAACACCACGCGGAGCGACUUCAAAUUCUACGCCGACCGGCUGAUUAGGCUGGUGAUUGAGGAAAGCCUAAACCAGCUGCCGUACUCGGACUGCUCCGUCAUCACGCCGACCGGCGCCAUCUACGACGGGUUGCGGUACCGGUCCGGCAACUGUGGCGUUUCCAUCAUCCGUUCCGGCGAAGCGAUGGAGCAGGGACUGCGAGACUGCUGCCGCUCGAUACGAAUCGGCAAGAUUCUGGUCGAAUCGGACGCCGAAACGCACGUGGCCAAGGUGGUGUACGCCCGGUUUCCAGACGACAUCGCCCGGCGACAGGUACUGCUCAUGUACCCCAUCAUGGCAACCGGCAACACCGUCAUACAGGCGGUCAGCGUGCUGAAGGACCACGGUGUGAAGGAAAACUCGAUCAUCUUGUCCAACCUGUUCUGCACACCGAUAGCCGCCCGGAUGGUGGUGACCGCCUUUCCGGAUCUGAAAAUUCUCACCUCCGAGCUGCACCCGGUCGCACCGAACCAUUUCGGACAGAAGUACUUCGGCACGGACUGAGCGGGCGAGGCAGUGGUUAACGACGGUUAACGGAAGAGUCCUUCACCGGUGGGGGGAGCAAGGAGCAAGGGUGUUUUCAGGCCAAAAGGUUCACGUGUUCACUUCAACGCACGAACACAUUUUAACACGUUCUAGGGAAAGCUAGGGGAGAAUAGAACGAAUUAGCACUCUGAUUGGCUCAAGCAAAAGAAGCAAAUCCCGGCUGCACCACACUCUCAACGAUGUGUUGUACUUACAGUUCUCAAAAGCAGACCAGCAGACGAUGGCUGCGCAAUCAAAUACUUAAGGGCAGACGAUGUGUUACUAGGAUCGACGAUGUGCUUAGCCUGCGUUCGAUGGAUACAGACUGGACUAGGUGUGUGCGUGCUUCUGGGCACACCAAACACGAAUAGAAAAAAGGUAGCAUAGGCAUAGGGGUUGCUGCGCUUGCGAUGAAGUAGGCCGUGACCAGCAAGGUUUGCAAGGGCAGCGAGAGGUUCGUAGCUAAUGUGGCAGAGUGUGUGUAGCAACAGUUCUGUGGUGUAGUAGCGCUAAGCUUUAAGCAAACAGGUACGGAAUUUAGAAGAUAAGUCAGUAAAAUCACGGUCACGAUACUAAUACUACUGAUCGUGUACGCUGCGGCAGUAGGGACACAAUUACGUUAGCAAAGUGUAAUAUGCCAGAUACAAUUGUUCAUAAUAUACGAAUCAUUUUAAACAAUG